AAGCACGUCUCAAUCUCUCAUCAUGACCCAAACACCACCUUCACGUACCUCCCCUCAUUCAACAAUUUUACAAUACACGUAACCACGAGAACUGUAAGCUCGCCUUCCGAAGCCGAUAAUCCUUGAAAGCAUAUCCUCGUCGUCUUGCAAUCAGAACAUCGCCGAAAUUGAAUUCUCCAGUUUGGGCCGGAAAAAGACCGAGGAUAGCUGAGAUGAAGAUGAACACCGUUUAGGAUCAAGGAUAUUCUUCCCAUCAACGAAAACCGAAAUGGCAUGUUUCGAAGGGCUGAGGACGCCGAAUAACGUCGUUGAACCGCCUUUGGCACGAAACUCAGGCAUACCGGGAGCCCUGUCCUCACUUCUGACCAUCGGACUCUCCCAACUGGCGUAGCUCGAAACCCCUCGUCAAGUUCCCGCCGUAUCAAAACUAGCUUCUGUAUCAAACGGUUUCAUUGAGCAGAUUGUAGUGGAAGCCUUUCGAACAGUUUUGAGAAUCCAAAUCUCAUCCUCUAUUACCCGUACACAACUAUCAGGGAUUUUGAGCGGUCCUUUCGGUCCUUUCCCUGCCGAUUGUGCACUAGUCGUUAUUGUGAAUUGAGGUUGUCGACUUGGUACCCAAGGGCCAACUCCGUAGACUACGUUCAUGUUAAGGGCGGGGUACUAAGUCCGCGCUGAUUUCAUUUCCCAUACAUUCCUUUUCGAAAAUAUCGAUUGGAUCAACACCACUCAACCCGUUCCGGAAACCUAAAGCUCAUCUAAUGAGUCACUCAUUUGCAUGGGGGUUCUUGGGUCGGGUUUCGCCGAGACGGCGACCCCUCAAAAUUGGACCUUGCUCGUCGGACAGUCGCGUGUGACGCGCAUCGCGAGAUGACUGCACGGUUGAUCUCUAGCCACUGCAGUCCUUGCCUUCAAGGAUGCCUUUCCUCUCUCGCUCAUUUGGUCAUUUGGCCAAUCACAAAGUCAAACGGUUCAUUCGGGUGUAGCUACAAAAGCUUUUCAAUUUUCAAUUCACCCGGAACUCAACUCCAAACUUGGUUCGCUAGCAUAUCCAUUAUCCAUCAUCGCCCUGUAGAUGUUGGUUCCUAAAAUGACUCAGACGCUCAAAGUGUUGAUGAUGAAAUCCACUACAUACCAAAGUUUUCGUUCAUGUCAGCUGGAACCAUGAAGCUAUCCAUCGAGGCACCCAACAAAGAUCAGACGAAUUAGAACGGUACCGAACUCGUCAUUGGGGUUAUUGAAUGGAACUUCGAAAAGGAAUGGUGGGGCACUGCACACCGACUCAAAGGCCGUGUGGCAGCGAAACUUCCGUCCUGCCUUCAAAAAUCUUUUCUGAGGCUUAGAAAACGAGGACGGCCCGAUGUCUGUUGUUACCUGGAUUGUAGAGUCUUGCAGCGUCCGGAUUUGACUUACGUUCCUUACGGAACGUGAAGAUUCCAUUCAGAUCUUGGAUGUAAAUGGUGUUCCGGCAAACGUCAGUGUUUUCGACAAAUCAAAAAUAGACUGGACUGGACGUACCUGUCUCCGAGGCCCUGUCCAGCCACCUGCGUCAUGGCCCACGUACUGGUCCAUGACACCGUGCACCGAAGGACUCAGCAAUAGUUUCUAGAUUCGCUGUUCGACAUUGGUCCUGAAUUUGAAGAACAAUCCCAACUGGGGUCAAACAUCAGAGCCAGAAAACGUAUAAAAGCCACCGUUAAUCAAUAUUCUAUUUCUCACUCGAACACUCUAAAUUGUCUGUUCAAGUACUACACCUCUCUCACCAUGUUAUUCAACAAAGUCAUUACUCUCUCUGCCCUCACUACCCUUGCUGCCGCCACAGCCAUCCCACGCACCGACGGUGGUGGAGGUAAUAGCGGUACCGUUUGUUGCGAGCAGGUCCAAUCGGCAUCGACCGUCGAAUCGGGUCCUUUGGGACCGCUUUUGGCCCUGCUCGGGAUCGUCCUCGGCCCUCUCGACGCCCUCGUCGGCCUCAACUGCAGUCCUAUCACUGUCAUUGGCGGCCAAAACGGUGCAUGCUCUACUGGAACUACUGCAGUCAAUUGCCAAGACAACAGCCAUGAUACUCUCAUUAGCCUCGGAUGUCUUCCCGUCAUCCUCUAA